CUCCUCUGGCAGAAAUCUUUGACGUGGCAAGAGCUCCGGACGUGACACAUCCGCACAUCAUCUCUCCUCCUCCUCCCUUCAGCUGAGGAACGCUACUCACCUCCAGACAUCUGCAGGUAGUACUGGUCCUGGAGCAGAGCGAGUCCUGGUCCACGAUCCGAACCCGGAGAAAUAAUGUGGCUGAUCGCGUUGGCCAGUUUACUUCACUGCGUCUCGGCCUACGAUGGGGAUGUGAAGAAACUGGACGGGCUGGCGAAAGCGAGGGUGGAGACUUGUGGUGGAUGACAGCUGAACAGGCUCAGUGAGGUCAAAGCCUUUGUGGUCCAGGACAUUCCUCUUUACCAUAACCUGGUGAUGAAGCACAUUCCUGGGGCCGACCCUGAGCUUGUCCUCCUGAACCACUAUUAUGAAGAGCUGGAUCGGAUCGCCCUAUCUGACAUGACCCGCUCUGAGAUCAACGAGCUGCUGGGGGAGCUGGGCUUCUACAAGAAGGCUAAACCUGAGGACGAGGUGCCGGAGGAAUUCCAAUUCUCUCCUGCCAAAGACAGCCCGUUUAAAGACGAGCCCGCCUACAAACCCGCCACUUCCCAUCUUGCCACAGAGAACGCCUCCUCAGAGCCCAAUGCAGAAACCAAGCAUACUGACCUAUAACCUGUCAGAGUGGAGAAAAGUAGGGAUGUCACAGUAACACUAAGCCCCAAAGCUGCUCCACGACCAGCUGGUUAUUGCAGUCGAUGACAAACAUGCUUGUCAUUUCAAAAUACAACCAGCAGGUCAUGCAUCAGCCCUUGGACAAGGACAUAAUUUUAGCAUCAGCAAAAUGCCUUUAAAUGGUCCACAGUCUGAAUUUGCACAUAUUGUUCUUGCGAUUUGUUCUUAUUUUUGCAGCAAUAACAACCCAACCGGCUGCUUUGUGAGUGCUUUUCUACUCUCUACACGUCUGGAAAUGUGGAAUUUUCUUUCCUUUUUUUGGGUCCAUCAUGUGUCAGCUGUCUUUAGGAGUUUUGCCUCUCUCAAGUUCUCUUGUGUGUCUGAUUGCUUCCUACCUACUGUGAAACCGAAUGAAGCCCCAGGCUGAAAACUGGCUGGCCUGAGGCUGAUGCUACAUGUUCUGGUGGGUUUGAUGAAUACACACAAGAUGAUUUAAGUUGAAGCAUUGUAAAAGAAUAAUAAAAUAUUUGAAAGAAA